AAAUCGGAAAAGAUGACUGGCCAUGGUCAUUCUUCGUCUCUUUCUGUCGGAAAUAUGGGAACUUCGAUGUGGAAUUCCCGGCUGCCGUUUGAGCUUCCAGAGGAGAUUUGCUCCUAUCUUGGUACGCAUGAUCUUCAUUCUCUCAAGUCAACAUGCAAUGCAUUCUCUGGGUUGCAUAUAUUCUGGAAAGAAGAAUUGAUCAACACUUGA